AUGGAACUCACCAGUUCACCACCACAAUUCGUCAAGGAAGCUCCUGCUUUGCUGCGCCAAAGCGGCUCUGUCUUCAGCGGCACUCGUGGAUUUCAUUCUCAGGGCACAACAUGCAAACAGGGCGCUUCCCAUGCACUAUCCUCGAACUCAACUCAAGCGUCGAGCAUCCCCUCUCCGCGACCAGCGCGUUCCUACUCUAUUGGAGGGCUCGAUAUGCGUCCCACCCAUCGUGUCUCUAAAAUAUUGGAUGCCCAUGCCAUAACUCUUCGAGCCCUGUUGCAACAGGAACAAGAUGCUGCGGCAAGUGGGACGGGCCUCGAGCCACCCGCAGAAGAACCGGAACGUCAAGUCGCAAGACCGGAUAGCUCAGAGACGGCUCCGCCCACCGGACAAGCGGAAGCAUUCAGCGAGACAGAGCACAGCCGACUGCGUCCACAAUCUGGUCCGGGUGAGAAGCGUGUGGCCUUUGUUCCGCCGCCCAUUGAUACGGCUGGUUCUCCACGUCACCUCCCGAAGCAGUUCAUUACAACGCCUUACCCGAACAACUACCACAAGCCCCUUCCGCCGAUACUAGCCGGCAUUGAAACCCCCAGUUUCGACGGGCCCCAGAGCGCUAUGUCCCAGGAAUCAGUCCUGCCAGUGACCAUCCUCCGGCACGGCGAUGCCAGGGGCGAGCGGAUUGGUAGACUGGUCAUUCCGCCGGCACUCGACGUCGCAGCAGUGAAUAAUUCGAAUGGGAAUAAAAAGAAGGGCCACUUUACGAGUCUGGAAUACGACGACGCCGCACUUUUCCGGGACUUGCGCCAGCGGUACGCGCAGCUGGCAGACAUCUGGCGACUCUUCUCCGCACGGAAACUCAAAACCAUUAAACAGCACCACUCCCUCGGCGAGAACGAGUUCUGUGGUGCACACGAUGGUGCGCGGGGUUCGUGCAUCAGCCCUAACGAACAGGACACUGGCGUCUGCUCCUGGCAUGCUGGUCCACGAAGUCCUCGAUUCUUAGUUGCGCGUGGGCUUGUGGAUAUGUUCAAUGAAAGGAGCUCAUGA